AUGUCGUUAAAGACGAAAUUUAAGUCUUCAUUCUUCUUAUUAAUACUGACACCAACGAUAACAUUUGCCAUCGAUGACUUCAAAUACAACGAGCAUUUCGUCGAACUUGGGAAGGGAUGGAAGCUGCAUUGCAAGACUCCAUACAGAAAUAUAAUCCCUAGCUGGGUGUUUGUCAGCGCUGACCGUAGCUACAACUCAUACAUAUUCAUUGAUGGAACAUUGGUGGGAAGAGUUAGGACAAGAUACAAAGUGACAUCUUGGCAAAAUGGGGGGAUAUCAACAUUGGAAGUCCCUAAAACCGACAUACACCAUGCUGGAUUUUACGCUUGCUGGCCCGAUCCAACCAAAUUCGAUCACAGACAGUAUUAUAAAGUCAUCGUCAUCGAAUACUCUCACACUGAAUUCAAACUGAGCGCCGACAAAUCGCUGACAUUGGCCAUGAACAUAUCGUACGCUGGGCACGAGGCACCGAAUGUCAAGUUCAUGUGCACGUUCAGUUACGGUGAACUCCUCAUGAAAGAAACAAUUUGCACGAAAUCCGUGCAAAUCUUUUGCAAGUUGGAAAAAAAAUUUCAUUUGGAUGAUGAAAAUCCAACCAAAUGUGAAAUCGUCUUUCAUAAUAAUAAUAACUCUGUUAAAUGGAAUGAAACGCAGUUACAUAUUGAACUCGAGAAAGAAUUAGAGGUUGUUAGAAGAGAUGAGCAAUGGUCCAUGAGAUGCGGCACUCCAUCUGUUUAUCCGAUGAUGUGGAUUUUUCAAACUUACAAAACUGACAGUGAAAGCGUUGUUUUGCAUACCAAAUGGGAGGCAAAUAAGCAAUAUAUCAACAGAAGUGGCCAAACUACGGCCCGCGAAGCUAUUUUAUAUUGCCAUCAGCCAGACAUUAUGACCAAAAAAAGAACCACAAAUCUUAAAAAAUUCUCUUUCGGGUCGAAAAAAUUUGAUAUUCAACUAUCAAAUUUCAGAUAUCACUUCGAAGUUUCAGAGGACAGAAGAGUGUACAAUAUGAAGAUACCUCGUGUUGAUCUGGAUCACUCUGGCACGUAUAUGUGUGCUCACAAGUCGUCCGAAAAAUUGAUUGAGAGAAAAAUUGACCUGUUGGUUGUCGAUGAAAUUUCUCUACACAAAGUUUUAAAUGGCUUAUUUUUUAUGUUAAAAUACGCUGGAACGAACGUUUACAAUCCCCAAUAUAAUUGUAAUCCUGGUGGAAACGCAACAGCUUUCAAAAGUUUCAAUUGCAGAAUACUAGAAAAUAAUCUGAUCAGCUGUCAUUCAACUGUAAGUUCUGAAGACUCUGCAAAUAUCCUUGAAAAAUGUCACAUUCGGUUUCUGGAUAAAGUAAUAAUAACUAAUGUAACAGUAGAAAAACACUUAGAAAUUCGCCUAAUUGUUGGUUUAUGUACUUUUCUACCCUUCGCAAUUGUUGCCAUUUUGCUCAAAACUAAAUGGAAAGUUCCUCAGAGGUGGAAAGAUAAAAGUGAUUACGUCACUUCUCCAUCAACUAAGGAAAGUCAUUCGCUGAUAGAAUCAUCACCAAUUUCGAUUAUUAAUCAUUUUCAACGGGCUAAGGAACAACGUGAGACUUUAAAUUUGGAAGAGGCAGACAUCUCUUCACAAAGCAGGACGCCAAUGUCGAAUGAAUCAAAUUCAAGUCAGUUGUAUAAAAAAUAUCCUGAGAAACAUCCUGAGCACUUGAAAAUCGUUAACAAACAUCUUGCUUGGGCUUCAAGCGACAAUCUCUUAAUUAUAAAUAAUAACGUUGUAGAAUUAAAUAAAUCGGAGCAAGAACAUAAACUUUUCCAAACUAUCAAAAAGUUUUUAGAUGAAACAAUGCUUCACGAUUUUUGGUUUGAAUUUUUGACAAAAUCAAUUAGAUUGGGAUUUUUGACUGACAACAAUAUAGAAGAUUUGAUUGAAAACAAGGAUUGGUUGGGCAAAUGUACAAAAGCAAAAGUAUGCAUUCAAAUGUUGAUACGCUUACUGGAUGAUAAACGGGCUAAAAAAGAACGAUUAGAAUAUCCAAUAUGGAAUCGUCCUAGAAACCUAUUAAACGGUUUCCAUUACUGUUGGAGCAAGAGUAAAGCGAGUAGUGGUUAUUACGACGUCAAGUCAAAAGUUCAGGACGACGUGGACAAAGAAAAACGAAAAAGAUCAGAAUCCGCAUUCAUCAUCGUGAAAAAAAUUAUCUUGUGCAUAUCGUCUGGCGGAAAUAUAGAAGGCAUGUCAGUCACGUACAACAGUGGAAAUGAAUAUAAACAUGCAAAUAAAAACGUCAAUUUUCCUGGAGUUGGAAAUAAAACGUCAAAACUAAAAGGUCUCACGUUCUCUACAAUAAGCUUCCACGAUGAUGAGUUCAUAACAAAAGUUGAUUUCAAAUGUGCAAAGUCCAUCAACAGUUUAACAUUCCAGACAAACUUGGAUCGGAAAUUCGGACCGUAUGGAGAGGAUGUUGGUCGGGAAGGAUGUUCAACGCCAUCGAAACCUGGUGGCUUCCUGGCUGGCAUACGAACAACAUUCUUUGGCCGACAGGAAGCUGAUGUCCUGUCGUCCAUCGAGCUCUGCUGGGGUCAUGUCUCAUGUGGAGAAAUAUGCUCGGAAACUGAUGGGAGGGAGAUAAAGACGAUAUACGACAUAAAUGGCCCAACUCGGACGUUUAGAGCAACAGCCAUUUGCAAGUUUUUCAUAACUAUUUAA